AUGAGAGUUCCACCACCUGCCGUCUGGGCGACUUACCCCGAACCGAACUACACUCACCCCGAUACCCGCGGCCCGACUCUGCUCAUCAUCAAUAUUAUCCUAAUCACCCUUGUUACGCUCGCCGUCGUAGGUAGGCUGUACUCGCGGCUUUACAUCCGGAGAUGGUUCGGAGCGGACGAUAUCAUCAUCAUCCCUGCCUUUAUCUUCGACGUCGGUCUCACUGCCGUGGUGUUGCUUGCGAACUUCAAGUAUGGCUGGGACAGACACAUCUAUGACUUGCCGACAUCCAUGAUCCCACCGGCGCAAAAGAUCGCCUUCGCCGCCAAGAUUCUCUUCACGCUCGCGGCGACGUGCAUUCGGCUGUCUCUGAUCUGCUUCUACUACCGGCUCGUCAAGGACAGCAAGAUCAAGUGGUUCCGCGGGGCUUUGCACGUCAGCGUGGUUUGGAACAUGGCGGUGUGUGUCACAUUCAUAGUACUGACCAUAUGGCUAUGCACGCCAGUUCAAUCAUACUGGAUGUUCCCGCCCACAGGCCACUGCAUGAGCGAAGGCAAGGUCAUGCUGGGUGGAGGGGUCGUGAAUUCGGUGACGGAUUUGUGGACGACCAUCCUUCCCAUUCCCAUCGUGAUGCGGCUGCAGAUGCCGCUACGGCAAAGGAUCGGAGUUUCCGUUUUGCUCUGCAUGGGUGGCGUAGCAACGAUUGCGGGUGCAGCACGCACGUACUUCACUUGGAAAAGUCUACUCGCCAACUGGGAUGAGACAUGGUGGGCUUACUGGCUGUGGGUUGCCGCCGCAGUGGAGAUUCAUCUGGGGAUGAUAUGCGCCUGUGCUCCAGCGUGGAAGUCGAUUCUGCAGGAUCCGCUGAAGUCGCUGUCUUCGAAGCUCUCCGAAAAACUCUCGUCCUUGCGCUCGCCGAGCCAUUCUCCACAUUCAUCUACCACGGCGAAGCCCGGACUCUUCAACCCGCUUCGAAGCUUGCCGUGGUUUCAGAUCACACGACUCGACUUCGAGCGGAGUAGACUGGACGGGGAGGAUGAGAGCAUCGACGGGAAGUUCGGAAGUUCGGCCAAUGCACGAUCUCAGAGCUCGCGAAUGGAGUGCACUUCCUCGAAGACAACGCAUCCCGCCAUGCGUAUCGCGAUGCGUCGAUCGAUCGAGCAGUCCAGUACUCGGCUCGAGGAGAGCCCGGUGCUUCCGGAGAAGUGGCUCUUGGAAUCGAGAGCGGAGGGCUCGUGA